AUGGCAAAUUUCGAUGGUAACAAGGAUAUCUUACACUAUACUCUGACGUAUUUCAUCAACUCAAGUGAAUCAAGUACAGCGAUGCAAGAGCGGCUUUCCUCAAAUGUGACGUCAUACAAUGUGACGUCAUUAAAGCCUUACAGCACCCACAUCUUUGAAAUGACAGCGACCAAUGAAAUUGGUGUCAGUGAUAUUUCUACUAAAUCUGUUGAUACUUUGCCAGACAGUAAGUAAUGAUUUUAUUGUUUUCAAUCUAAAUGAAUAUAAAAAAAUUAAACAUAUGCAUGUAAUAUGUAAUAAUUACAACAUGUAAUCACAGACUUUGUUAUUCGUUAUGUGCUCUAAUAAGUCUGAAAACACGUCUACAAAAAAUGUGCAAAAUAUAAAACACAACAAUACAAAAUAUAAACAUAAAAAUGUAAAAUACAAAAUAAUUUUAUUUGCACUUGUAUUUACUCAGGAUUAUCCUACAAGUAUAAUACUUACAUAAUGGGUCAUUCCAGAAAAAAAAACUAUACCUCGCCCACAUAGGAAAUUUGAAGUUAACCCCACCUAACUCCUUCGGAUAUCCUAAUACACUUACUAUUAUCAUAAACAAACUUUUCUUCCCUCCCCCUCUGAACAGAAGAAAUUUCCUCCUUGGGGGGAGUGUGGAUUUUUUCUGGAACGACUCAAUACUGCUAUUACUAAGAGAUCUGCCUUCCGACUAUGGGACAACUAAUUCUUUACGAUUCUACAGUGUUGGGGUUUUCCUACAUGUUUUUUAGGUUUAGAUAUAGGUAAUGAGAACCAUAUUGGUGUCCUAGUAAUACAUUUAUGCCACAAUAGUCCCUAAAUGUAUGUUCAAAAGGUUUGGUGUGAAAUAUGAUAUUGUGAUGGCCUCGUGUUGUUGGCACAAUGUAUGCCUGUGAAAAGAUGUAAUAUUUGAUGAAACUGAGAACUAAGGAUAAAAAACAGCUUGCAUGUAUUUGUAUAAAUGUGAACCUAAUAAAAAUAAAUGUAUGUGUAGACUUGUGGAACAUAAAAAUGGAGAUGCAAAUGCAAACUUGUAACUGUAAAAUAUCCUGUGGUGUAAAAAAAAUAUAUUUUUUGAUCAAACCCAAAAGGUAUGAUCGCGCUGUACUAAAAAGCUUGAAUGGAGGCAUGUAAAUUAUAUAAAGCGAGAGGAGAUAAUCAUGUGUGUACAAUUCAGUAUCCCUGUACGCGGCGUUUCGUCCUUGAAAAGACUCGUAAGUAGCGCUGUGACAUUAUCAUAUGUUUUGUUAUGAAGUCAACUACUAUCAACUACUACAAUGUUGUGUCCCAUUUUUCGUCAGAUUUGAUGUGUUUUGGUUUAAACAACAUUGAUUGGGGUGGGGGAAGCGGUAUUGUGUGUAACAAACUGUAAUGAUCCACUUACAAUCUAAAACUUCAUGGUGUCCCAACAACUUCUGAAAGUGAUUGUAGUUUCUUAAUUGGUUUGAGAGAACGGAGGAGAUUGAGAGUAUGAUGGUCUCUAGGAGAAGAAUUUCAAAGUGUAGGUAUAACGCAUGAGAUUGUAAAACGUAAAGUUACUAUAUUAUUUUAUUGUUUAUAGGACCCACCAGUCCACAGUCUGUGAACGUUUUGGUGAUUAGUUCGAGAAGCCUGAACGUUAGAUGGCAGGCUCCAAAGGAAGAAAACGGUAUAAUCUUAACGUAUGUAAUUUAUUAUGGACGUGUUGGAAGAGGUGAACGUCACUCAAUUGUUGCAAUGGAAUCUGAACGGAGCAAAAAUAUCACAAAUUUAAAACCGUAUACAAACUAUUCUGUUGCAAUGGUUGCAAACACGUCGGUUGGAUAUGGGGAAAAGAGCGAUUUGAAGUUUGCAUGCACAAAUGAAGCAGGUAUGCUUGUCAAUGUAAAAAACACUAUUAUUCAAACAAACUUAUAAAACUUACUUUACUCCAAAUAAAUAUUUGGUACCUGUCAUACUUGAAUGAUCUUGAGAAAAAAUUGGAUAUACCUGAACAGUAAAAUCCUCAACUUGAUCACCUUUUCUCAGCCUCGUACCCAGGCGCAAAUAAAUUACUAAAAAUAGCAACACUACAGUGUUUUAUAUAGAUCAGUGGCUAAGAUAGCGAGCGCGCGGGGGUGCUAGAACACAGUCGUGUCCUGCCCAAGCACCCCCACGCGCUCGCUAUCUUUGCCACUGAUCUAUAUAGAAACACUGUAGUGUUGCUAUUUUUAGUACGUUAUUUGCACCUGGGUACGAGGCUGACCUUUUCUAUUGUCAAAGUUGCCGGAUAUGAUGUCAUUGGAUGAAUUUUGUGCAACAAAAACAAAACUAAUUUGCAACUCAUUUGAUCAUGCCAUUAUAUUCCGCAACUUUGACAAUGAGAAAGUUGAUCAAGAUAAGGGCUUUUACCUCCAUAGAUAUGUUACAUUUCUUUUUCAAAUGUCCCAAAUAUUACACAUAAGUUAUUCUUCCCUUUUUCGUGAAUAUUUUAUGCAGAAGGGACCCGCUUGGGAGGAGGGGCAAUAUAGUUUGCCGGAGGGUCCGAAGUAAUUGCUGUUGAGGGAUUGGCCCAGUCUUUAGUGUUAAAGAGGAUCUGAAAUACGCCCUCCUUGUACUAUAAUGAUAUCUUUUAAUUAUUUUGCCAAUCCAGCACCGUCCAGUCCACGUAAUCUGACGCUUUGGGCUAGGAACAGCACGACAAUAUCAGUCAGUUGGUUGCCGCCAAAAAAUGAAAAUGGCAUUAUUAUCCAGUAUGCCAUUCACGUAAGAGAACAGGGAGUGAAUUCAAACGAGCGGCUUGUAAAUGUUUCUGGAGGAGCAACUUCCACAUUGAUCAAUGUGUUAAAGCCGUUUACUAAUUAUACAUUCCGCAUCCGAGCACGAACCAGCGCUGGUUGGGGGAACUUCAGUGAAAACAGAACGGAACCAACAGAUGUAGGACGUAUGUAUAUUUCAUUUCUACUUUUCAUUCAUUUUGCGUUCUUCGUUUCAAUAAUUCAAGAUUCAAGAUGGGGGCAAAUCAGGAAACAUUGCUCUCAACCAUGUGUCCUGAACAGUUGCCAUUACACUUAGAACUAUAAUUGAUUCUGCGGAUUGUGAGGGAUUCAACUGCCUGAAAAAUAAAGUAAAAUUAGGCGAAGAGUCUUCGAUCCUUCUUUCGAAAUGAAGUUUUACUUGUAUUUUUCAGUUGUAGUUGAAUCCCUCUCAAUCCACAGCUUUCUGGUGUGAUUGUCACUACCUACGCUGGCACAGCCCGUUCGAGUUUAUAACUUAGUACUAUUUAUAUUGCUUCUGCACUCUAAAAACGCUAUUAAAUAACAAAUAAAAUAACAUUCUGAUUGAAUUUAAUUUUAACUAGACCAGACCAGACCAGUGAGAUAUACAAUCAAGUUGUCGGUUUGAAUUUCACCCUGGUUGUUUUGCAGUGUGAAAUCCCAAAACUGCGCGUUUAUCUUCUCUCGUGAUGUUUAUCCUCUCUCGAAAACUAUCUUGAUUACUGGGUUGCCCACAUUUGUGGAAUAUACCAACACAACCUCGUAACAGUGGAACCCAAUUGGUUCAAAGGUACCAACGCUCUGCCCACUGAGCUGUUAGGAUGUCCUGAUUGACAUUCAAAAGAUUGCAUGUGUACGAGCGCUGAAUAUCUGAUAUUCUGAUGCACGUUUUUCAGAUUUAGUGUGGUAGUAAUUCCCGAAAUUUUUAGUAGUGUAAGAACGAAACCAAAACACUGAAAAAUUAUUUUGUAAAUGUUUUGUACCUAACUCCGUUGCAAUUGUCUGUUUUAAUUACUAAAAAUCAACGCUCGUUCUCCCUGGAGGCUUGCAUGCAUAAAGUUGCCUUAACCAGGGGUCAUAUGCGGGUUAUAUAUUUUUAUUUUUAGCUCCAGUAAAGCCAACUGUUGUUCCAAUUACGUUCCUACCUACAAGAGAAGAGUUCGAUCCAACGAGAAUGAUUGCCAUUACAUUUACAAAGUUUUCGAAUAAAAAUGGAAAUAUCAAGUACGGUUAUUUUUUUAUAACAAAUUUAAUUUUUGCAAACCUUCAAGAAACCUGUAAAUUUUUGUGAGAAAAUACGUAUAGGUGUUCACAAGACGUCAUGCAAUUGGGGGAAGGUUUUCUGAAGAACAAAGUCAUGUCAUUUUUUUUAAUAUAAAAGCAAUUAGCUUUUCUCGCGUAAUGUGCGAAAAUAUGCCAUUUAUGUUGACAAAUCGCGGAACAACAAAGUAUGGCAACAAUUGCAAAUCUUUUUUUACACUCAUCACAAAAAUAAAUUCGCAAGCUCGCUGCGAAUGCUUACAUCUAAUUAAAAUAAACUGCUGAGCAUUGUGAUUGGAUGAAAACACUCGCAGCUAGCAUGCGAGUUGACUCAUUGGAAGGCUGGAGCCUUAUACAGUAUAAGAAAUAUUAAAGAUGCAGCUAUAAAAGGGAGUAAAAAUCCAAGUUGCUCAAUUUGCAUCUUCUGUUUGAGCGUUACAUUAAUUUCAGUAAACCUUGUUAAAAUAGUUAUUUCCUUGUAUAGGUUUUAUAGAGUUAUUGUGGUGAUGGUGGAUGAAACGGUAACAAAUAUAGCAGAAACUUUCAGUCGGAAUCUACUGUCGUAUCAAGAAUGGAUAAGACGAGAAAACAAAAUUGGUUUCCCAUAUAUUGCUUUUGUAUUCAAAGGCGACUCAUUCGAACAACACAAGAACUUUAUAGUUGGAGAUGGUGAAGAAUCCGAUCAUACAUACCGUAGAAAAAAAAGAGCAACCUUACACAAAAAUGGCAACCUUAUACCUGGCAAACAGUAUGCUGUUGCUCUACGAGGAUACACAGCUGAGGUAAUUUUGCAGUAUGCUCACCCAGGGCCCUUUUUUACUAAAUAACUGGAGAAGGGGGGGGGGGGGGGGGCAAAGACCCCUUAGUCCCCAUGGUUUCAGCCUAGUAAUUGAAAAAUUUCAUUAUCUUUAAAUUCGAUGGCUUUUUAAAAAUGCUAAGCAUUGUGUCGUAAAUACCUUAGAUUUUAAAACAUUUUCCAGUUGAUCGCAUAUCCCAGACCCUAUAUAGAUUAAUUGUUGGAAGCCUCGGCUAAGCCUCGGAAUAGCUUUCGCCCCCCAAAAAAUAAUUGAAAUUGAAAUAUUUGAAUUCGAAACUAGAAGUAUUUGAAAUCGUACAUAUAUUAAUCAAAUAUCUGUGAUCGAUAUUUUAAUAACAAUAUUUCUAAUAAUAAUCCAUCCUGACUCACGGAUAACUGAUAGCAUAGACUGACAAAUCAUAAUGAAAGAAUUAAUGAAAGGGCAUAACGAAGUAGUUGAGACUCUGAAAAUGCUGUUUCCGACGACCUAAAGACUCAAAAUUUUCCAGCUCGUCGCCAACCAUGGUGGCGCCCCGUGGGAGUCGCGCCCCCUAAGUUUACCAAGCUUCUUAUCCCCUGAGUCACCGAGUUGUGGUACUUAUAAUAAACAUACUAUGCAAGUACUUAACUGAAGAUUCAGUCUUAACUGAAGAUUCAGACUCAUUUAGAGCAUAAUGUAACGCUGUACAUCCAAAACUCUGUUUCAGAAAACGCACGAAUUGUAAGUCCUAUAGGGGUAAAAAAAUACAAAAAUACCAGUACCCUACAACAUACGAUACCAUCACCAACAAUGGUCCCUUGUUGUAGAUUCCCCCCUCCCAUGGGCUAAUUCUUAAAAAAGGCCCUGUGCUCAUUCAUGGUACAAACCAUGUCUGAUAUUUUCUGAUAUUUCGUCUUAUGCUGUGUACAGACUGAUCAAUCGUUAAACACAAACUAUACGCACAUAACUUUGUUGUGUAGAAAAAGUACGAAACAUGAAUUUUCUAUCAUGUUCUGAGUCGGAUAUUGCAUUGCAUGUUGAACCAAAUGAGUCCGAUAUGUUUUUUGAAACUUUUAUUUUGCUAUGAAAUUAGACUAAAUAUGCGACGAGCGAAUAUUUGAAAGUUUCUACUCAACCUGCAGAACAGGAUGCUGUGCAUACCCCUGUCGGUAAGUCGAAACAAUUUCUAGAAAUCUUGGAUAUCUUAUUUGGGACAAUUGUACGAAAUACGUCACAGAAAAGUCUUUAACUAAUAGUUUAUCUUAUUAGAAUAACUGUAUUCCGCUUGUGCUGUUUAGAGGCAUUCUCUCGAGCAUGCCUGUAGAAAGUAGGAAGUUAUGGAGCCACGCUACCUACAAAGUCUAAAGGGCUAACUCCAAAGCAAAAUAUACACUUGAGUAACUUGUGUAAAUCAAAACUUAUGAGUUGAAAUAUGAAUUGUGGAGUUACUGGCUAACUCCAAAAAUAAUUUAGGAGCUAGUUACCUAAGCCUGGAAUUACUUGCUAACUCAAAAAAUCAUUGGAGCUAAGUAUAUAACUCCAAAAAUCAUUUAGGAGCUAGGCAUCUAAAGCUGGAGUUACUGGCUAACUUCAAAAAUUAUUUGGAGCUAAGUAUAACUCCAUAUAUAUAUAUAUAUAUAUAUAUAUAUAUAUAUAUAUAUAUAUAUAUAUAUAUAUAUAUAUAUAUAUAUAUAUAUAUAUAUAUAUAUAUAUAUAUAUAUAUAUAUAUAUAUAUAUAUAUAUAUAUAUAUAUAUAUAUAUAUAUAUAUAUAUAUAUAUAUAUAUAUAUAUAUAUAUAUAUAUAAAAAAUAAUCGUUUUAUUGACCAAUAUUUUAAAGGAUUUACGCCUUUUCACCCCGUGUUGUGAUACGCCCCAUGACUGGAAUAUGCACAUGCUGCUAAGAUGCAAUCUCGUUCCCCGAGCAUGCCCGUUCGCAGGAAUAGCCGUUCGCUAUGCCCACCUUUAACCUGCGAACGUGUAUGCUCGGGAACGAGAUUGGCUAAGAUGUUAAUUUUUGUUAUAAUUUUAAUUUUUAGAUACUACCGUUGUGGUUGUUAUUGUUGUAGUUGCUGUGAUCUUAUCUGCCUUGCUCCUCACUGCUGUUUGGUUCCGGAUAAAGAAAAACAGGUGGAAAACGGGUUCAAUAAUGUUG